CUCCGGUGUCUCUUUCUGAUUACUACCUAGGGUAUUUGUAUUUUGCGAUCUCAUCCCCGAGUAGAAAUGCUGAUGGUGGCAUCUUGACACGGCUAAAUAAAACGUGUUGCUCCUGUUCGCAUUCCCAGUCGCCCGUGCCUGCCCCCCUCCAUCCUGCUUGGCGUCUGGCCGUUUUCGUCCUGAUGACCACCACCGUAUCGAUUUGAGCUUCUAUUUUCACAUGAUAUUUCUGAAUAUUUCCAUCCACCCUCUUUCUACCUAUGGACGCAUGUCGAGGGAGGUGAACCAGCAAGGAUAAUUUGAGCCUUUCCGCGGUCCGACAUGGAUGAUAGCCAUAUCCUUGGUGAGGACCUGCCCCUCCCUCCCGCACGGCUAUUCGAGAGGCUCGCGCACCUGCCUGGAUACACUUGGGAUCAAUCAAUCGAACCCUUUCAUUCAACAUAUAACCACUGGCAUGUCUUUGGUCUUCGACAUGCUGCCGACUCCGAUAUUUCCACCCCUGCGGCCACUUCCUCUGGACCAUCGAGCCUGGCCCGCAACUCUCCUCGAACCGAGUCCCGUCCCGCCAUUCGUCAUCACUGGAGGAGCAGCCUAAGUGAAUCGAGUAGCGAGCUAUCGUUGUCCCGAAUCGACCAUGACCCGAUCUGGGUUCCCGUUGUCGCCCGCGUGUCGUCCCACAUUGUCAGAUUGGAGCGCGAGUUUCAUAUGCUGAGGUCGGUUGUGCAAACUUCAGAUCCGGAAUGUAACCAUACCAUAAGGCCAAUAGAUCUUAUCCGACUUCCCUCCGACCCCGGUGAUACUGGUCCACUUUUGGUGGCCAUCUUCGAAUCCCCUGGCCAGAAUAUGUUACGAGAGUUGAUCGCGUUUGGACCAGCGUGGUUUGCUGUUGGCGAUAAGGGUGAGAGCAUUGAGUCCACCCCCGGAGAGCAGGUUUCCCUUCCAUUGUUUCUCGACUUUGCGAUUGGCGCUUGCGACUGUUUGGAGCUUCUUCACUACGGAUUGAAAACGGUCCAUGGUGAAAUCCGCCCGGAUGCGUUUCACUUCAAUCGGGAGUCUGGAUCUGUAAAACUUACCAAUACGGGAAAUGGGGCAAGAUCUUUUGAUAAUGUUCUUAGUGAAGGGUGGGUAUCGAUUUCCCGAGAAUUGGGGGUCAAGAACAAGCUCCAGUUCAUUGCUCCGGAACAGACCGGGAGAAUGCCGACUGAACCAGAUAGCCGAACUGAUAUUUACGCUCUGGGCGUCUUGUUUUGGACAAUGUUAGUAGGGAAGCCCGCCUUUACUGGCUCUGAUCCGGUGGAAGUCGUGCAGAAUGUCUUGGGAAAGAAACUACCUCCUGUUUCAGCCAAGAGGAUGGAUAUCCCUGAUGCCGUGUCGGCCGUGAUCCAAAAAAUGACACACAAGGCAGUCAGUGAACGAUACCACACCAUCUCGUCGGUAAAGAGGGAUCUUGCGCAGGUCUCUCAAUUGCUUGGUGAUGGCGACAGCGAAGCCCUGAAAGACUUCCAGAUUGCCCAACGUGAUGUCUCGUCCUUUUUCACUCUUCCGUCGAAAAUGUUUGGACGGCAAGCAGAGUAUGAUAAAGUGAUCAGUGUUGUGGAAAAGGUUUACAGGCGCCAGCAGUCCGCCUACUCGAAAGCUACCUCGCAACUCUCGACUAGAAUUGGUUCCACGUCCUCGGUAUCCGAUGGACGUGUCGAUAGCUUCGAAAUUGCAUCGGGUUCAAGCGACUCUAGCUCAUUCCACCUAAACCCUAGAGCUAAUACUACCAACAGUGCCUACAAUCUCGGGCGAGUUUCCACCCACGAAUCCCUCCACAGCACUGAGUCAUCUCUCUCCACUCCGAAGCCUACUUCAAACAAAGCAAAGAGCCCCGUAGAUUCGCGAUCGUCAUGGGAUAAUGCCGACCGAGACAGCCACCCUUCUAUGGCAACCAGUGUGCAAAGCCACCCGGAUUCUCUUGCGACAGCCACAAGGAAGGCUGCCCAUAAACUUCGCCGAGCAGGAAGAUGCGAAGUCAUCACCAUCAGUGGCGCUGCUGGGAUCGGAAAGACUGACCUAUUGAACCGAGUUCAGCCAGCAAUCCGUAAAUUGGGGUAUAUCAGCGUUGCGCGGCUGGACCGGGCAAGGAGAAUUCCAUUCGAGCCAUUCGCUAAAAUUCUUGCUGGGCUGCUCCGCCAAAUCUUCUCGGAGCGUGAUGUGACAACAGAUUACCAUAAUACAAUCCGCUGUGCGCUGCGGCCUAUGUGGUCGACACUUCAUAGGGUUCUGGAGCUGCCAGAACACCUCAUGUCACUUGGAACGAACGCGAAACAAAUCUCGCCCAAAUGCUCCGCCGCUCAACACAUUUUGAAAGACAUCACCAAGGGGGAGCCAUCCAAGCGCACUCCGUUUCCCCGUCUUGACCAAGGGCAGAGUUCCGUUGAUUUUUUCCUGACCAAUGCAGCUUCGAAGAACAUGCGCCUGAUGGAAACAUUCCUGGAGAUUUUGAAGACACUUUCCCAAUUCAGAUUGAUCUGUAUCUGCGUUGACGAUCUGCAUUAUGCCGACGACGAGACGCUCGAAUUGAUUAUGAACAUCGUCAGGGCAAAAAUCCCAUGCGCUCUCAUCCUCACAAGCCGAAAAUCGGAACUGGAGUCUGAUGCAAUCAAGUGUCUUUUUGAAAAUGACGAUCCUGCCGUAACCAGAAUCGUGCUCAAGCCAUUAGGGGAGGACGAAGUUAUGGGGAUUGUUGCAGCUGCAAUGCACCAGCCUCCCAACCCGAUGCUCACUGGUCUCGCAGCUGUUAUACAGGAAAAGAGCGUGGGGAAUCCCUUCUACGUGCGUAUGAUGCUCGAUACCUGCUAUAGUAAAAAUUGUAUCUGGUAUUCGUGGAAAAACUCGGUGUGGGAGUUUGAUCUUGACCGGAUAUUUACCGAGUUUGUGGCCCCCAGGUACGGUGAGGGACUGGGGCUUGGUUUUAUUACACGGCGUCUACAGGAAACCCCCGCUGCGGCGCGAUCGAUUCUCGUAUGGGGUGCCUUGCUAGGAAGCCAGUUCUCGUUUUCUUUGGUGCAGAAGCUUCUUACUAGCGAGUUUUUGUAUUCAAGUGAAGACGAUGAAGCGGUUGACCUUACAUGUCCGCAGAAUGUGAGCCUUAUCAGGCAAACGGAGGCAGAUGUCGUUGUCGGACUUCAGAUUCUUGUACAAUCAAACCUUAUCAUCCCGGGCAACUCUGACGAUGAGUUCAAGUUUGGUAAUGAUCGGCUUGCCCAAGCCGCUGCGUCCUUAACCGAAGGACGCAACGUCGAAAAAAUGCAUUUUAUAAUAUCACAGGCUAUGAAGAAGUACUAUCAUGAUGGACGUAGUCGCUAUGCUAUGGCACGGCAUGUGGCUCUUGCGUCUAGAAUUAUUAAAUCUCGUGUUGUUGAGAGACUUGAUUACAGAAAGAUUCUAUGGGACGCAGCACAGACAGCUGCUCAGUCUGGGGCUCGUCCAACCGCACUUUGGUACUUUCGCCAUUGCAUCGAUUUCCUUCAGGAUAACCCUUGGGACGAUAAUGUCAUUGAUGUUUACUACGAUGAGACCCUCCGCCUUCAUAUUGCUGCGGCGGAAAUGAUGUGGUCCCUGGGGAAUAAUUCGGAAGCUCUUGAGCUACUCCAGAAGGUUUUUCAGCACGGGAAAACUGCCGUAUGCAAAUCCAGGGCUUGGACUUUAAAAGCCAAAAUAUAUGCCCAAAUGGGCGAUCACCCCCGUUCAAUGAACUCGCUGCUUACCUGCUUGGAGGAGCUGGGCGUACAUCUUCGGGAUGGUACAACCUACGAAAAGUGCGAUGCUGCUUACCAGAGUCUGAAGACCCACCUUGAGCAAGCGGAUUUGGAUGCCAUGGCCUGUCGACCCAUCAGCAAGGACAUAACCAUGAUAACGAUUGGCGCAGUAAUGGCAGAAGCAAUGGCUGUUACGUUUUGGGACGACAGCUUAACCUUUUAUCGGAUGGCUAUUGACAUGAUGAAUCUUCAUCUAUUCCAGGGCGGUUUCGUUCAAAUUACGAUUGGAUGCUCCCACCUCGCUAUGAUCGCCUUCAGUCGCUUCAGAGAUUUGGAGCUUGCUGAGAGGCUCAGCGAAACUGCUCUGACGCUCCUUGAUCGAUGCCCUGAGCCAUGGACCCUAAGUCGUGGGUCCAUUGUCCACAACUUCUACAUUGGUCAUUUGCGAGCUCCGUUGUCGAUGACUCUACCGGCGCUUGAAACUUCCGUUGAAACUUCAAUUGCAAUGGGGGACCCGUAUAUUACCAUGAUCGCCGUUUCUGCAAUGGCUAUGACUAGGCUCUUCUUGGGCCAUGACAUGGCACAGUUGGAGGUUUUUUGCAACGAAAGCCCGGAGGAUAUUCCUGAUUGGGCAAAUGAUACUCGCGGAGGUGCCAGUCUUGUCGCGGUUCGACAAGUUGCGCGCGCCUUGCAAGGGAAAACCUACUACCGCGAGGACGAUCUCGUUAUGAGCGAUGAACACCACCGAACUGCCGAGUACAUCCAUUUCUUGGAAAAUAAUGCGAGUAAUCCUGAUCGCCCACGCGACAUAUAUCUGGCCCUUUCUCUGAUCCCACUAUUUCUUUAUGGGCAUCAUACAAAAGCUAUCGAAUUGGGUACACUUAUUAUGGAGACUAUCCCGAGACUUUGGUCUGCCCGGGUGUCAUACGUUGUCUAUUUCUACCUAGCUCUUUCACACUUGACCGUCCACAACGACUACCCCGCAAGGAACUAUCUUGGUGGGAAACUGGAUACUAUCUUAAAAUACAAGAGAGAAAUUGACUUUGCACGGAGCGCUUGCGAUGCAAACUAUGGAAUGUGGGCACUGAUGUUGGAGGCGUUAGUAUUUGAGGUUCAAGGCUGUCACACAUCUGCGCUCCAAGCAUUCGAGUCCGCAAUCGACCAUUGCCAAGUCCAUGGAUGGCCGAUGGAAGAAGCCCUUGCUCUUGAGCUUUAUGGGGAAUUUUUGAUCCGUCGCGGGGCAAAGAGGGCAGCGCGUUCUGUGAUGCAGGACGCGAUCGCUGCGUGGGCCGCAAUAAGCGCUGUCGGGAAGUCAUCUCAACUGACUGAGAAACACGAAUGGCUACUGAAAACGGCAACAUCUUGCAGAAGCGUUGAUGUUGGCUGUCAAACAGUUGACUCGCUCCUUGGUAUUAACCAAAACGUUGGACAGGAGCAUAUUGGAGCAGCCCAAAAUAUUGAGGAAGACAGGAAACACCGAUGGAUUGAGCAGAACGGCGUCACGGCCGGGGAACGUUCCCUUGAUAUUUCCGGUGUUGGGCUUGAUAUCAUUGACCUUUCAAGCAUACUCGAGUCUAGUCAAGUAAUGUCCUCUGAGCUUGAGAUUGACAGGCUUCUGACUAAAAUGAUUGAAAUCAUCCUUGAGUCCUGUAAUGGAUCCGAUUUCGCGGUGAUUGCAACCAACUUCGACAACCACUUUACUGUUGCGGCUGUUGGAGAUCUUGAAAAGGGACAAAGGUCCUUCGUCGACGGCCUUGCAUUCCCAGAAAUGGAGGAUAAGAUGGCCCAGCAGAUAACACACUAUGUGAUGCGCAGUCGCGAAGAGGUGCUUGUUCAUAAUGUCCUCGAGGAUGAGCGUUUUUCGAAUGUCAGCGAGGCAUAUCAAGCCCGAAAUCCGCUGAGCCGAUCUGUGAUUGCGUUGCCCAUCAUGCAAGCGGAGAAUCUUCGGGGAGUAAUUCAGGUGGAAGGAAAGCCGAACUCCUUCACUCAACGUAAUCUCGUUGUGCUUCAUUUGCUAUGCAAUCAAAUUGGCAUUUCUCUUUCCAACGCGUUGCUCUUCCGGGAGGUUAACAAAGUUGGCGCCACGAAUGCGUCUAUGGUUGAAUCGCAAAAGCGCGCCCUUGCACAGGCUCGUGAGGCAGAGCAAAAGGCCAAGGUAGCGGAAGCAGAAGCCAAACACAAUGUGAAACUGAAAGAAGAUGCGGCAAAGGCGAAGUCAAUUUUCCUUGCCAAUAUCUCUCAUGAUCUCCGUACACCGAUGAACGGUGUUAUCGGCCUCUCGGAGUUGCUUAAGGGCACAAAGCUUAAUAAAGAGCAGGAUGAAUACGUUGAAUCUAUUCGUGUCUGCGCCGACACACUGCUUACCUUGAUUAAUGAUAUCUUGGACUUCUCCAAGCUUGAGGCAGGGAAGAUGAAGAUCUCGACUGUUCCCUUAAAUAUCAAGGAAACAAUCUCGGAAGUUGUGCGCGCGCUCCGCUAUACACACCGAGACCGUGGGCUGGAAACAAUUGAAGACCUAGAUCGUGUUCCACCAGACCUUGUUGUGCUGGGUGACCCAGUCCGUCUCCAUCAGAUCUUCAUGAACCUUCUCAGCAAUAGCUACAAAUUCACGCCUCAGGGAUCCGUGACCGUGUCCGCUAAGGUGUCUCGGGAAGGCAAAGGCCGUGUCCGUCUUGAAUGUUCAGUAUCUGAUACAGGUAUCGGAAUCCCUGAGGAGCAAAAGCCACGGCUCUUCAGACCUUUCUCGCAGGCAGAUAGCUCGACAGCGAGGUCAUACGGCGGGAGUGGACUUGGACUGAGUAUUUGCAAGGCUAUCAUUGAAGACGUGUUAGGCGGUGCAAUCUGGCUCGACUCAACUCCAGGUGCAGGCACCACAGUCACAUUCCAUUUGUCCUUUAACAAGGUCAAAGACGACCGUGUGAAGGUUUCUUGGGCGAAACAAUUGGAUGACAAGGCUGCUCCACGGCCCACCGCACGGGAUUUGACCAUGAUUCCCCGUGACCAGAUCCGAGUUUGCAUUGCGGAGGACAACCCGAUUAACCAGAAGAUUGCGGUCAAAUUCGUAUCUGCUCUCCAUUUGCAAUGCGAAGCAUAUAGCGAUGGUCAGCAGGCUGUGGAGGCCUUGAGGAUGAGAUCACAGGAGGGAAAUCCAUUCCAUGUUGUUUUGAUGGAUGUACAGAUGCCAACGCUAGAUGGAUACAAUGCCACUCGUGAAAUUCGAAAGGACCCAGACCCCAAUGUCAAUGAGGUUCUUGUUAUCGCCAUGACAGCAAGUGCUAUUGAAGGUGACCGAGAGAAAUGCCUGGAUGCGGGUAUGAACAAUUAUCUCCCCAAGCCGGUUCGAUCAAACGUCUUAAGGGAAAUGCUGGACCAAUAUCUAGCGCCAGUGCCAACGUACACGAGGACGCGUUUGACACUUCGGGAAAGAGGAAGUCUCAGUACUGAUCCGGGCACACCGAACAGCAUUUCCUCGACGCCUUCAACCGGUUCUGGCGGCCAGACCCCCCCAGAGGAAAAUGGACACACUCUCGAGUAAACCAGAUUUGCGUCCCUUUCUCAGCUUCUUUCUCAUGCCUUAUGAUUAUCCAUGAUUCCCCCUCGUCUGCAAAUCGCCACGGGUCUGCUUCAGCGUCCAGUGAGAUAGACAACUUCCUAGGUCUUGGACAAAGAUUUAUUAUAUUUUGGUAUCCAUGAAUGAAUGGUGUUCUACUGAAUAUGAUGUGGCUAUUUUCAGGCUGCGAUAUGACUUUCUUCGCAGACGUGCAAUUUUUGUUUUCUUCUAAUUUCUCUUCUAUUCCUUAGUGACGAUGACGAAAGAUAAUGAUUGAUGAUUUUCCGUGGUGAAGACCGGAAAACAAAACAAUAUUCCUCCUAGACAUUUUCGUUCUCUUGAGUCGCUUGAGUAUGGUUUGAUCAUGCAUCUAUGUAAUGAACCACUGAGCUUUAUCAUCUACUUUUAUUCCCUGGGCUUUGUUUUACGGUCAGCUUUUAGGGGCGUAUACGGGUUCUUUCUCUUAAUUCC